AUCGCAACUCCGAGAUCCUGCUGAAUCACAAUGAGACCUACUCAGGUUCGUCUGGGCGGCGGCGCCCCUCAACCCAAGACUGGCCACUGGCUCGGUGACUGGGGCUCCUUUGGUGGUGCCAAGCAGAAGGGCAUUGUCGACUACGGUCUGUCUGCCAACCGUCAGAACCCCUUUGCCGGUGCUGCCCACGAUGCCAUCUUCAACACCUUCCGCCGCACCAAGUCCCAGAUCUUCUACUGGCUCCCUCCUAUGCUGGCCGGCUACUACCUGCUGAACUGGGCCACCGAGCGAAACCACUACCUCAACUCCAAGGCUGGCCGUGCUGAGUUUGCCGACUCGGAGUAAAAUGGUGCACG